AACCAGCAGUGGCAAGAGUUCCGUCAUCAACGCCAUGCUGUGGGACAAAGUGCUCCCCAGCGGCAUCGGCCACACCACCAACUGCUUCCUCAGUGUGGAGGGAACGGACGGGGACAAGGCUUACCUCAUGACCGAAGGCUCCGACGAAAAGCAGAGCGUCAAGACGGUCAAUCAGCUUGCCCACGCCCUCCACAUGGAUAAAGACCUAGAAGCUGGCUGCCUGGUGCACGUGUUCUGGCCGAAGGCCAAGUGCGCCCUCCUCCGAGACGACUUGGUGUUAGUGGACAGCCCUGGCACAGAUGUAACCACUGAGCUCGACAGCUGGAUUGACAAAUUCUGUUUGGAUGCCGAUGUCUUUGUUUUAGUUGCCAAUUCAGAAUCAACUCUCAUGAAUACG